CCACAUGCGGGAUUCCCGUAGUUUUGAUUUGUGCACAUUAUACAUUAUUUUGAAAGAGAGGAAAAGAGGUUUUCCUUUUUUGCUUUAUAGACUUUUAUUCUGAAAGGCAAUGACGGAACUCCUGUGGUAUGUAUUCUCCUUGCUUAGACACUCUCGUCCCUUCGCCUUCCACCUCUACAGCAUGCAAAUGAAAACAGCGACUCCAACACACUGCGCACUAGUCAAGUACGGAGUGUGCGGCGCGGAGCAGCGCUUCACAGGAAGACGGUGUGAGCGCUUUUGGCUUUUUAAAAUGGACUUUAUUUAACUGCUAAAAAAUUAAUACAGAAGAGAGCUCAUCUGUAUCCCCACAGUACUCUCCGAAUCUUACAACUAUAUCCUAAUUAAGCUUAUAUUUGGGAAUAGGACGGCGCUCAUCAGCCCAAGACCGUGAGCUCCGUGCGCAACGGAAUAAUUAACAGCCGGUGCCAAGAGUCCGAGACCAGGAGAGGACAAACCAGAACUGACAAAGACAGAACUUUCCCUGCGGUGUGUCAUCUGGGUUUUUUCUCUUUUCUUUUAAUGGACUAGAACCAAGGUGUUUCGGACCCUGACUCCCUCCAAUAACGUCUUUUAAUGGACUACAAUUUGGAAUAACCAUCUGUUUUCCGUCGGGUUUAGUCGAUGGACGCACUUGUCAGACUGUCAUGGUGCAGGAACAUGUUGAAGUCCUCUGCCUGGACUUGACAGAGAAGGACCAAUAUCUCAGCCCCGAAAUGGUGCCGUGUAUCAUUUUCAUCGCCUUAUUUGUCUCUGUGGCUCAAUCCCAGGAUAAUCACCCCUUGCAGGCGUUAUCCUCCAUUAGCAAGUCCUGUGAAUCCUUGUGCUCCUGUGAAAAUAAAGAUGGCAUUCUUUAUCUCAACUGUGAGCAGAGGAACAUCAGCAAAAUCUCACAAAUCAAAGUCCCGUCAGGUGUGCCCUUCCAUCUGAACCUUUACAAAAAUGACUUGGUGGAGCUUGGUGCAGAGGAAAUGGAAGGGCUUAAAAAUGCUGUGUCGCUGCACAUCGGAGGUAACAGCAUCCAGGAGCUGGAACCGGGGGUCUUUAGCACCCUCAGUUCACUGAAGAAACUCCACAUAAAUAGCAAUUUCCUUGUUACUUUGAAGGAGGACACUUUUCAAGGUCUGGUGAACUUGGAGUUUCUACAAGCUGAUACAAAUUUCAUCAGGGUAAUAGAACCAGGGGCCUUCAACAAACUGAUUCGUCUCAAGGUCCUGAUCUUAAAUGACAAUGCUAUUGAGUUUUUACCCAAUAACAUUUUUCGGUUCGUACCCCUAACUCACCUGGACUUGAGAGGAAACAAACUCCAGACUCUGCCAUACGUAGGGUUUUUAGAACAUAUUGGUAGGAUUAUGGAACUUCUGUUGGAGGACAAUGACUGGGUCUGUGACUGUGAUAUAUUACAUUUAAAAAUUUGGAUGGAGAAUAUGAGAACCCAGUCAGCAAUUGGUGAUGUGGUCUGUAGCACACCGCAUCAACUUAAAGGAAUUACUCUGGCUAAAGUGAAACGGGAUGUUCUGUGCCCUUCACAUGCAGACAUUAACCUGGAGGAGCCUUCCAAGUCUCUAGAUAUGGUUGUGACUCCUUCCACCAAAGUGUCUCAGAUUCCUAAACUGAUUGAUGCCAAAGAUGACGCCAAGUCCCCAACACCUUCUUAUAUCCCUGGAAGUCCUUGUGUAGAUCUGUGCUCCUGUCACAAUCACCCUGUGGCUGGGUUUCUGAUGCAUUGUCAGGACAGAGGAAUUCAAAAGGUGUCAGAUAUCGGACUAGUCGAGCAGAGCCCUACUAAACUAGUUUUGACGGGAAAUAUGAUUCAAAAACUCUCAAAGUAUGACUUUGUCACAUACGACAGGCUGGAACUGCUAAAUUUGGCGAACAAUAGAAUUGAUUAUAUCGAUAAUGAGACAUUUCUUACCCUGAGCAGUUUGAAGAAGCUCUAUCUGAAUGGCAACAGGAUUGAAAAACUUUUCUCCACAAUGUUUGUGGGACUCCAUAACCUUGACUACUUGUAUCUGGAAUACAACCUUAUCAAAGAUAUUGCUCCAGGCACAUUUAAUCCCCUGCCGAAUCUGAAGCUGUUGUCGUUGAACAACAAUCUGCUCAGCUCUCUGCCAGCGCAAAUAUUCCGCAAUGUGCCCCUCACCAAAUUAAACCUGAGGAAAAAUCUACUUAUGCAUCUGCCAGUGAGUAAUGUGCUUGAUCAACUUGAUGCACUUGAGCAGAUUUAUUUAGAGGACAACCCAUGGGACUGCAGCUGUGACCUGCUCAGCCUCAAACAAUGGGUGGAGAAACUCAGUAAGGACACGGUGGUGGGCUCCAUCCUAUGUCACACCCCCAAGAAUGUAGUGCAGGCCGACCUAAGAAGUCUGCGUCAUGAGACACUGUGCCCAGGCUUGGGAACAUACAACCCGGGAGAGGAGGAGAGUAUGACAGCAACACUGGGGCCUGAUGACAGCAACAAGAGCAUCUUCAGCUCCCUCACAGAGGCUGUCCCUCUCUCUGUGCUCAUCCUGAGCCUUCUUGUCUUCAUCCUGACGAUCAUCUUUUGCUCAGCAGGGUUGGUGGUGUUUGUGGUGCAUCGACGACGAAGGAGGGCCAAGAAAAAGUCGGCAGAGGAGCAGCCCAGAGAAAACAGCAACAGUAGCCCCAUCCACCUGCACUACAGCAUGUACGGGCAGAAAACUACCCACCACACCCUGACCCAAAGAACAGGGUCUGCCACUUUGUAUGAAGACAGGUCACAUAGCCCCAUUGUUCAGAUUUGCCGCAAUCCUACCUACUGCUCCCAGCACAAGGAGCACAACACAGAGUUGGAUUACAGCUUCAACGAUCCCAGCUCCAAGCACCACGUUUGCAAGAGCAUCAUGGAGAAGGAGAACACAUCCCCUCUCACGGGAAACACAAAGUAUAAACCCAUGCCUGGAGAUUGCCUCACAGAGUUUGUCACUCUUGGGAAUCCCAAUUCCCUGUACAGGAACAUUGUUGAGAGGGAGAAGCAAGUCGGAAUAACGGAGUACCUCCGCAAAAACAUGCCACAGCUUCAUCCCGUGGUAGACAUGCAUGUUCCGGGGCACCAGGAGGAGUUGAAGCUAAUGGAGACAAUAAUGUACUCCAGACCACGCAAAGUCAUGCUUGAGCAAACAAAAAAUGAAUAUUUUGAACUGAAGGCUAACCUGCACUCUGAGCCAGACUACUUAGAGGUUCUGGAGCACCAAACUGCAUUUAACUGACUUUAAGUAGAAAAAUAUGAAUAUAUACAGAUCACACACUAUAUAUACUACUAUAUAUAUAUAUAAAUCUAUAUAUAUAGUAAUAAACCAAGUGCCUUGUCCUGUUGUCCCUGUUAUACUUUCCACCGUGUGAAAAGAGUAUAAUGGGCAAAUCACAUUAGGUUAAAUGUAGCACAGAAUGUAACAAGGUUUGUUCUUUUUGUUACCGUGCAUUUUAAGAGCCAUGUUAUGUAGCUUGGUUAAAGGUGUCAUUUUUUUCUGUUUUGGUUUGUUGUUUUCUUUUUUCUUUUUUCUUUUUUUUUUUUUUGUUUGUCUGUUUGUUUCUACUCAAUGUAUAUUAUAGAAUCUACUGCAGUCUGUUGAACAGGUCUGGGUAAAAAGCCUCGUUGAACUCCACUCAAUCAGCUUUUGAGGAUUGAUUAAAAAAUUCCAAGGCAUUAACCACAGCUCAUCCAUAUACCACAUUACCCCCUGCACUCACACAAAUACCCACAUCUGAGGAUAAAGCUGAUAUAUUUUUUCUCAGAGACAUGAGUGAAUUUUAGUCACUGUUUGACCCAGAAUCACAGUUUUAAUCAGUUCAUCCCGACUGGCUAUGACCUGAUUAGACCCUCUGUCAACAUAAGCCAGAUGGAAUGCUGUAAUCAGAAUGCUCAUUGUGCCGUAUCAUCAGUAAAAUGCCAACUGUACACUGGAAAACACAGAUAAAUGGUGGUUAUUUUGCUCUUCUUCAACUCCAGUUGUUUUUUGUUUAAGGAACUCGUUAACUGAAGUCAUGCGUCAUUAAUUUAUUUUAAUACAAAGUAGUGACUUUUGAAAAAAAGACCUUUCCCAUUCUUUGUCUUCUGUUACUGAUUAAAUAAAGCACUUAAAGUACAGUAUAUAACACAUCUGUGAUCUUGUAAAAAACAAACCAAUACAUUGCACUAAUCCAAUGCCAUAAGACGAUGCAUGACA